UUCGCUUCGUGGCGGUUGGAUGUGGUUCCUCUAACUACGCAUAUUUUUUUAUCGUGGGGACUGCGUACGCGUGUCCCUGUUUUUCUUUUACCUUCAUAAUCGUGGACUGGCGUAGGGAAUAGAGUGUAACAGCUUUGCCCAGAGCUUUUAUUGAACCAGAACCAGAGCCAGUAUUUAGUUUACCUUCCAUUACCGUCGAAUUGAUAUAGCUGGUUUUGUUAUCCUCUUUGAUAAAAAGUUUGUGAUUUAAUGGAACAUAUUACAGUGGCUUUUGUUGCUAAUUUACUGUUAUAUUAGCAAGCAAGCUUUAUCAAAAAAAGAUGAUUUUAAUGCAAUCAGAUGUCUGUCACGAAAAUGACGAUCGCUUUAAUGAAUCGAAAAUAAUGUAGCAGAUCUCUUCACUUUAUUGACGCGUUCUCGACACAUGCGCAUUGUGACUCGUGACUUGCAAGCAGCAAAUUGAUCCAGUAUUCGGUCUUGACCAUCACUACAAAUUUUGCACAGUUUUGAGCUGACCAAUAACAUUUAUCAAGAAUGUUUCCGUUGCUAUACGUGAGCAUUUUAUUGUUUGGAUGCAAUACAGUAAAUGCCAGAACUCUUCAGUGUAGAGAUGAAAACAAUCAACCCGUUGACUGGUAUGUACUCUAUAAGUUACCGAAGGUACAUGAAAGCAGUAUUCCUAUCAUCAGAGAUGGGUUGGCUUAUCUAUACAUAACCAACGAUACUGUUGAUAAGGGUUGGCAACUAUCUUCAAAAGAAAUCAGUGCUGAGAAUUCUAUCCCAGGGAAUACAUUAGCACCUUUAUAUGAUGAUUCUAAAGCAGCAAACAUUUUCUGGGCGUUGUAUAACGAUGAUCCGCCUGACAAAUCCGCCAAUGGAAAAUAUGGCCACGCAAAAGGUGCCGUAAUAGUAAACAAACGGUGGGGUUUCUGGUUAAUACAUAGUGUUCCAAAUUACCCGCCUACACCUAAUUGCGGAGAAGAUUCAGGACAGGAAAAAGUGGAUGCAGAUCCGAAUCCAGCUCCUGGAAAUAGAUCCGAGUACGAUUAUCCAUCAACUGGUAAGAAUUACGGACAAAGUUUCCUGUGUAUCUCUGUGGACGCCAAUCAGUUCGAUCUGAUUGGUGAACAACUAAUAUACAAUCAGGUAACAGUAUACAAAAAAAAUAUACCUGAGAAGUACGACAAAUUAUUUCCGAAACUCACGGACGCUGCUAGACAGAAGAAGAUCAAAGAACCGCCUUAUAAUAGCAAAGUACUAUUGAGAUCAUCUGGUUCCGUGCAAUUCUGGUCGUUCGCUAAAAGCGAUAAAUGGCAAAAAGAGUUGUACGAUGAUUUCGUUGCGCCAACAUUGAAUUCCGAUUUAUACGCGGAAACAUGGUUACAUGGUCGAGGUAGAUUACCAUCGGAUUGCAUAAAUGUAAGAGUUUACAACAUUUUAUCUAUCCAUUUGAAUAAGUUUGACGUAGAUUUUAAGAACAGCCAAGAUCACUCCAAAUGGGCAGUGGCUGUCGAGGAUAAAAAUAAUGGGACUUGGGUUUGCAUCGGUGACAUCAAUCGUGCGGACACUCAAUAUAUGCGAGGUGGUGGAACUGUUUGUUUCAAUGUACAGAAAGUUUGGGAGAAUUAUCGACAUGCAGUGAAUGACGUGGAACCAUGUCCUAAGCAAUAUAAGACGAUUAGAAUUUAAUAUGGAUUCGUCCACAUUGUCAAUCAAUAAAGCUAUAACAGAUUUAUUUAUAUAUCUAUACAGAUAUAAACACGAAGAUGCACACAAAGCAUACCUGUAUAUAUACAGGGUGUCUCAGAACUUUGGUGGAACAGGGUGGGAAAAAGAGAUCAAACCACCUGAAUAAUUUUGGAAAUAUACAUGAUAGAAAAAAUAUUAUUAUUAUAAAUUAUUAUAUAAUAUUAUGUUUUUGCGUUAAGUAUAUUUCAUCAGAGUUAUAACGCUUGAAAAUUAGAGUACCACCGAUAUAAUGUUACCUAAGGUGUACUGCAUAUGAUUGGAUUUAUAUCUCUUAUGUGCGCGGACACAAGAAAUGUACAUUUAAUCUUAUUAUGUAAAUUGAUUCACAGGUGUUUCAAUACCCGACAAUUUUUGUAAUUAAGAUUUCUUCAGUCAAAAAAAUUGGGACUCCCCCUUGAUUAUGUUGAGAUGAUUAUGGUUGUUUAGACAAAAAAUGAUCUAUACACAAAAGCUGUUAGAUUUGAAGGGAAAUAUUUGCUUAUACAAUCAGAUUGUGUAUUUCGACUCCAGUCCUAAAAGUUACAUAAAUAAUAGUUGAAUAAUUGAAGUAUAUCAUUACUAGACAGUGCAAUCUCCAUGCGACUGAAUAACGUUACCGGUGGUACUUUCAAAUAUCUUUCAAGUAACUUUUAAGUCUCAUAACUCUAAAAGUAUUUAACGCAAAAACAUUUUGUUAUAUGUUAUACGUUUUUAUGCAUAAUGUUUUGGAAAACUUUCUAGGUAAGCUACAAAAAUAUGCAAUAAAAAAUAGAGGCUUCCAUUUAAAAAAUUCAAGGUGGGAAGGACUUUCCCAUAAUCUUGAUGACAAUGUUCAAGGUUAUAUUAGUAUUGCUAUGUAAUGCGUCAUUUAAAACUUUAUAAUUUCUGUAUUUAAUAUAUUUUUUAUCUUACAUAUUUUUAAAGUUCAGAAAGUUUGAUCUAUUUUCCUCAGUCUAUACACACACACAUACACACACAGUAAUAAAAAAUUAUUGUUUGAUUGUAAUUAUAUCAUGCAACACUACACCUUAUUCAUAUACGUAUAGUAUAAUUAUACAAUUAAUAAAUAUAAAGCACAACAAUAAUAUUGAACAUCUAUUUACUGAGAGUAUACUAAAGUAUUGUUUAACAUGUACGUGUGUGAUCGCAACAAUUAAUAUAGACUACAAAAUGAAUUUAGAUUCAAAUUACGUUACGCAAGAAACAUUCUUCAACAUUUUGUAAUCUAAUGAUACUAUAAAUAACACAUUUGUAUAGCUAUA